AUGUCACCAUCAAAAAAGACCCUUGGUUGUAGUCACAGAAGGGAUAAUGCCAUGCGGGAGGCAAUAAAAGAGGUUAUGCCAAAAUCAUCACAUCGUUUAUGUGCUUGGAAUCUAAGCAUAAAUGCUUCUAGAAAUGGCAAUGGUCCAGAGUUUACAAAAGGUUUUGUUCAUUUAAUGUACACUUACUACACCGAAGAAAUCUUUGAAAGAAAAUGGAAAGAAUUGCUAAAGAAUUUUGAAAUGGAAAGUAACGAGUGGUGCCAACUCCAAUACAACAAAAGGCACACGUGGGCAGAAACCUUCCUCCAUGGUCAAUUUGUGGCUGGAAUGAGGACAACACAAAGGUGUGAGUCUAUGAACUUUUGUUUGAAGAGAUUUCUCUUAAAGAGAAACAGUUUACCCGAGUUUGUUACAGCAAUUGACAUUGGAGUUACUAAGUUGCGUCACACUGAGAGUGAAAAUGACUACCUCAGCAAGCACACACUCCCCCAAAUCCCACCCCAAUCGGAUGCACUGCGGACCUACUACGAUCCGAGUGUGAAAUUUUACACGAGAGCUAUGUAUGACAAAGUGGUCGAACAGAUCAAAAAGAAGAAUGGAUAUUUCAUUAGUAGCCACGAAGACCACCUUAAUUGCACUAUAUUUGGGGUGGGAAACUUUCGAGACGGUCAAACAAGAUAUAGGGUCACUCGUACCUUAAGAACCGACCAUUUUACAUGUAGUUGCUUAUUCUAUGAGACCAAUGGCUACCCAUGCAGGCACAUAUGGGCUGUUAUGAAGUCUUGUUGUGUGAGAAUAAUUCCAAAUUCACUUCUCCUGAAGCGGUGA